AUGGAGGUUGUGACAGCAACAGCUUUAGAUUCAGGAGCUCUUAAACCAAAGACAGCUUGCCUAUCCCUGAGCCCGAGAGCUGAAGAAACAGUCUCUGAAAGGGAGAAAAAGACCAGUGGACAGAUGAUGGAGGAAUGGAAAGAUUUUGUGUGGAACCCUUGGAUUCAUGAGUUCAUGGGCCAUACCAGAAUCAGCUGGGCCUUCAUCCUCCUCUUCUACUUUGUUUUCUAUGGGUUUCUAACUGCUAAGUUCACCCUCACCAUGCGGGUUAUGCUGCAGACUGUCUCAGGCCACGUUCCCACAUACCAGGAACAGCUUGAAACACCAGAACUGAUGAUUCGUCCCAAAACUGAGAACCAUGAUGUGUUGGUCAACCUCACUGAUGCCAGCAACUGGAACCAGCAUAUGCAGAUAUUUGAUAAAUUCCUGGAGCCCUACAAUGACUCAAUUCAGGCCCAGAAGAAUGAUGUCUGCCCCCCAGAGCACUAUGAUGAACAACCAGACAAUGGGGUUCUCAACUAUCCCAAGCAGGUUUGUCAGUUCAACAGGACACAGCUGGGACACUGUUCAGGAAUUAGUGACCCUAAUCAUUAUGGCUACUGCACUGACCAGCCCUGCCUCAUUAUCAAGAUGAAUCAGGUCAUCAACUUCUAUGCAGGAGCCAAUAAGAGCAUGAAUGCUACCUGUGCAGGAAAGAAGAAUGAGGAUGUCAAAAACCUUGGUGACUUCACUAUGUUCCCUGCCAAUGGCAACAUUGUGAUGUGUUUUCUCUACUAUGGCAAGAAGUUCCAUGUGAACUACACACAGCCUCUGGUGGCUGCAAAGUUCAUGAAUGGGAUCCCCAAUGUGGAAGUAAAUGUUGAGUACUGCAUUAAUGCAGUCAACAUUGCCACUACUGAUGAGCAUGACAAGUUUGCUGGCAGAAUAGCCUUCAGACUCUGA